AUGUUGCAAGAAUAUAUCAAAACUCUAAUUACAACAAUACCAUUAGAAAUUGAUGAUCCAAAUUCCAAAUCAGAUUAUAAAAGAUUAAAAAGUGUUUUUUUGACUGAUGAUGAAUGGUUGCUUAUGAGUGACUUAGUUCAGAUUCUUGGUCCUUUUGCUGAAGCAACAGAUCUUUUGGGUGGAAGCAAAUAUUCAACAUUUAGUUUAAUAUAUCCAACAUUAAUGGCUUUAAUUAAUCAAUUGACUUCAGAUCAAAAUAAUGAUGAUGAUUUUAAUGUGGAAGAGGAAUCAGAUGUAUUUCAUAAAGCAAGUGAAAUCCAAGAAGCAAGUGUCUUAGAUUUUUAUCUCAAGAAAGAAAGUCUAAUGUUAUCAUCACCAACUUGA